CCGCCCACUCUGGGCGGCGGGCUGGGGCGUGGGUCGCGGGCGGAGCCGUUGGCGGUGACCGAGCCUCACGUGACCCGCCGCGCGCCCGGCUCCAGCGCCAGAUCCAGCCUUCGCUCGCUCGCUCGCUCGCUCGCUCCCUCCCUCCCUCCAGGCGGUGGCGGCGCAGGUGGCCCUUGUGGCGAGCGGGCCGGGGGCGGCCCACACAAGUAGGAGGCGCUGGGGGAGCAGGUCUGCGGACCAAGAGUCGCGGCGGCGCACCUGGUGGCGAGAAUCGGGCGCAGCAGGAGGAGACGGCAAGGAUAGGCCCAGGAGUAAUGGAGUCCAAAGAGAAACAACUGUUAAAAAAUCUCACUGUGGAAAACAACCAUAAGGAAAAUGAAGGAGGGGAGCAGGCUGUGGUGCAAAAUGAAGAGGAAUCUUGCCAUUUGGUAGGGGGUGAAGGCCAGAAGCCUGGAGGAAAUGUAAGGCGUGGGCGAGUUAGGCGGCUUGUCCCUAAUUUUCGAUGGGCCAUUCCGAAUAGGAAUAUUGAUCACAAUGAAGUGGGAGACGAUGUAGAAAGGUUUGUAGGACAGAUGAUGGAAAUCAAGAGAAAGACUAAGGAACAACAAAUGAGACAUAUGCGCUUCCAAACCCCUGAACCUGACAAUCAUUAUGACUUUUGCCUCAUACCUUGAAUCCUAAGGUUUUAUAAACCCUGAGUUUCAUAAUGUGGCCACAGCUUUAAAAUCUUGUAUCUUUGUGAUUUCCUUUUUCUGUAAAACUUUUGGUGUUUACACUUUUAAGUGUCCAAUCGAGUAUUGUUUUGUCUCUAAAUUUUUUGUCAGCAUGGCAAUUUCACCAGUUUUAGAAAAAUAUUCUUUUCAUAAUAUGAAAUUAAUAAAGCAGCUUAAAAAGCAG